UACUUACCCUACCAGGACGCUACGCUACGUCACCCCGGCACCGCGUCGCCUGCAACCUCGGCAACCUCCGUCCUCCCGUCCCCGUCCACGUCCACGCCCGACACGACACACCAUGUUUCCCACGGCCCGCUGUCUCGCGUCCCACCCGCGGAACACACUCCUCAAGAAGCCCUCUCUCGCGCUCCUCCCUCCGCUCCAGCUCUACCGCCGGCUCCUCCGAACGCACCGCAAAAAGCUCCCGGCGGACAUGCGCGUGCUCGGCGACGAGUACGUGCGCGCCGAGUUCCGGCUGCACCGCGAUGUCGAGAAUCCAGUGCACAUCGUCGGGUUCCUGACCGAGUGGCAGCUAUACGCACAGGCGCUCGAGGGAGAUACGUGGAGGGGCGUCAAGUUGGAGAAGGACAAGAUCGAGAAGAUGAGUGAUGAGCAGGUGGGACAGCUCUAUGAGCUCAUGAGGAAUAUACGCGGGUUGGAUGAGGGCAGUGGCGAGGGCGGAAAGGGGAGUAGUGGGUUGUAAGUAAGAUGGCGGUACUGGGAGGUGCAUGAUAGCUUAUUGGUGGUGGUGGUGGUGGUGGUGGUGGUGGAUUGUUCUUGUAGAUAUAGAGUCCGUACGAUGUCAGGUGUCUAAUAGGCAUCUACUU